AUGAAGAUUCAGUACGUCUUUACUGCCACUGCGCUUGCUGCAGUCACGUCAGCCAAACCGCAUCACUUGCACCAACGGGCCUAUCCUCAGAAUGCGGUCAAACGCAACAUCGUCUAUGCUCCGGCUGCGACCGAGACUCAGAUCGUGUACUGGCUCGAAGAUCAUGCCAUCUCUGAAGACGAGGUUCGCGAAGGUAUCGCCAAUGGCACUUUGAUGUGGGGACCGGGCAACGUCUUGUCGUCAACUGAUACCCAUGUUGCGUUGCCUACUGCGCCCCCAACCCCUAACCAUGAUGGGCAAGCUGCGGAUAUCGGUCCUGGUACGGUAGUCGAAGAAGUUGUAGAAGUCCAGCCAGAAAAAGAUAAUCCCGAAGAGCCCGUUGACAAUCAUCCUGAAGAGCCUGUCGACAAUCCCCAGUCUGAGCCCGAAGAGCCUACAAUUGAGGCACCGCCAAGCAGCGUCACUCCUCCAGAUCCACCAGCCACCCAGCAGCCAGAUGCUCCAUCGAACCCUUGGGUUGACUUGGUCGACAAAGAUGGGCAUUGUGCGGAAUGCGACAAAGUAUUCCCUAACGGCCAGAUCGCUUGCACCAAGUUUCCCCACGGGUAUGGCGCAUUGCCCAUCGAUCACGAAGGCUUGGGUGGAUGGUCCGGGAUACAGAACCCACAAUACGUGGGAUCCGACGGCUUCGAUGACAUUAUGACCGUUGUCAAGGGCUCAUGCUCGGAUGGUACUUGUUGCAAACCAGGAAGGUACUGCUCAUAUGGAUGCCCAAACCCGUACCUCAAGGCUUCCUUCCCGUCUACUCAAGGAAGGCACGGUCAGACUGUGGGUGGCCUAUACUGCAACAAAGACGGUUAUUUGGAGAUGGCUGACGGCAAAAUUGCCGAUAUGCUAUGCGUCCCAGGCUCCAAGAAGAUGGGUGUAAAGGUGCAGAACAAUCUAUCGCAGACUGUGUCGUUCUGUCGCACCGACUAUCCAGGUACUGAGUCCAUGACCUUUCCCGUCACUGUUGGACCAGGUCAGACCGGUUUUCUUGCCAACCCCGACCAGCAGACGUACUUUUUCUGGCAGGGCAAGAGGACCUCGGCCCAGUACUAUGUUAACAAGCAAGGCGUACCUGAGGACGAAGCCUGCACUUGGGGUACGGAGAUGGGCGGUAAAGGCAACUGGGCACCCGCAGUCUUCGGCACUUCAUUUGACGACGGUCCUGUCCAGCAAGGUUUCUCUAGCUUGAAGCAAAACGAGCUGUGUAAGCAGGAACGCCUCGGUUACGACAUCACGUUCGUUGGAGAUGGCGUCGUCUCGGCAUGCAGAUACAAGAGUGCUACCAACCAAUGGUGUGAGGGUGACCAGUGCUGGGAAGAUCCUGAUCGUGGUUGCACUGCCGCUAUCACGCACGGAGACCUUACCGUAGUACUUUCGGAAGGAUAG